AAGUUCGGAAUGGAAGUGCAGCCGCACGUGCCCCUGGGACUUCAGCGGGAAAACCUCUGCUGGAACCCCCUCAGCUGAGCUCAUCUGAGUUCUGCAAUGGAGACGAGUCUCGGAAGAUCCACAAGUGCUGAGAUCGACAAGGAUGCGAUUGAAGGACAGCUGCGUUUGAUGGCAAACUGCUUUGGCGCAGUGCAUGGAGGUACCGGCACUUUGCUGGUCUACGCGACAACAUUCUUUUCAGAGCGUUGCGGCUCCAUGGCUAACGGCUUUUUCUUUGUGUCGACGUGGCCAGGAUGCAUGUUCCUUUCAGUGCCUUUGCUUUCAGUUCUAGGCCGGCAGGGGUGCUUGCUCUAUAGCUUUUGCAGCUACGUCCUUUAUGGAAUUCUGUUCUGUGUGGCACGGGCAAUACAGACAAAGAAUAUAGACGAGGAGAGCUGUGUGAGCUCCGGUCCUGUGCUGCUCUGCAGCGCCUCCGUCAUAGCAGGUUUAGGUGCUGGUGUUAUGUGGACGAGUCAAGGCUCCUACUUUGCUCAUGCCUCUGCCCUCAUUGCCUCUGGCGCAGAAGACCCACAGGCCAAAGCACGUGAGGCAACCGCAUGGCUCGCAGGAGUUUUCGCAUUGCGCUACUUGGGUUGGGAAUUUGCAUUGAAGUUGCUCACGUCAUUGAUCCAGUACUCCAAGCAGGAUGAUAUCUCCAUUGUUGUGAUCAUCACAAUUGGUGCCAUUGCAACAGCUGUAUUCGCUUUUGGGAAUCCUUUGCCUCGGGAGGAGACCUCCGCACAGCGUGGCCAGGUCCUGGGAAAGCUACAAGCGGCUUUGUCCUUGUGGCCAGAUGUUGUGAUUUGGCUCCUCAGCCCAACCAACCUGGCGUUUGGCUUCGGAGCAGCCUACAUGAACGGCUACUUCAACGCGGAGGUUGCUCUGAACAUCGGGGGAUCAGCUUCCAUCGGCGCUUUGACGGCUCUAACCGUGGCGUCUGCUGCCUGCGGAACUGUCUUCUACAGUCACUUGGGCCAGCGAGGCUUGGCCUUGCCGAUGGCCUUGGGAUCCGCAGCCAUGUUGGUGACGAUGUACUUUGGUUUCACUGAGAUGAAGGGAUGGAGCGCGCCUUGGAUUAUUCUGCCCUAUUUGGUGUGGGGGUUGGGCCGAGGAAGCUACGAGUCUGUAAAUCGCGCCGCCCUAGCCAAUUUCUACCGUGGGAGCAAAGCUGACGCGGCCUUCGCUAACUUUACCUUUCAGCAGUGCACUGCUUCAUCAAUUGCCUUUUUUGUGAACCAAGCGAAAGUGUCUGUUGCUGUUACAACCGUCAUGGCCGUUCUUGUCAUGCCUUGCUACGCUCUUGUGAGAAGGAGGGCAGACCAACAAGAGCGAAUGCCACUGAUUGAGGGCGCCUCGACGAGUUGAAUCGUCAUUGGGGUCCCGCCAUCAAGCCGGCAAGAACAAGGCUGUCAUCGCAGCUGCACAUCGCUUGCAGAUUCGUUGCCAAAACUCCUGCUUUCGCAUCUGACACAGGGUUGCCCAUCAAAACCCUGGGCACGUGCCAUUCCCGAUGUCGCAACGCCGCUCGAGAUCCACGCGGGCAGUUUGCAAAAAA